AUGAUUCCGCGCCGCAAGCACAACGCGUCGUCCGGCUCGCUGCCGCCGCCCGACGACAAGCACGCCAGCAACGACUACAUCCUGACCGACACCGAGGCGCGGUGCGGAUGGCGCGCUGCAUUGCGGCGACGCUUCAACCGUAAAACGCUGCACAAGCGACUGCCCGUGACAUCGUGGUUGCCGCAGUACAACGCGGAGAAGGCAGUGGGAGACCUGAUCGCAGGCAUUACUGUGGGCCUAACAGUGAUCCCGCAGUCGCUGGCGUACUCAAACAUCGCCGGGUUGCCGCCGCAGUACGGGCUGUACGGCUCGUUCCUCGGCUGCUUCGUGUACAUCGUGCUGGGUGGCUGCCGCGCCGUGCCCGCCGGGCCCACGGCCAUCGCGUCGCUGCUCACGUACCAGGUAGCGGGCGGCGUGGUGGAGAAGGCCGUGCUGCUCGCCUUCCUGGCCGGGCUGGUAGAGCUGCUGAUGGGCGUGCUGGGGCUCGGGUUCCUGAUCAACUUCGUGUCGGGCCCGGUGUCCUCGGGCUUCACGUCGGCCGUGGCGCUCAUGAUCGCCACCUCGCAAGUCAAGGACCUGUUUGCGAUCUCAGUGAGCGGCACGACGUUCCUGCAGCAGUGGAUCUCAAUAUUCCGAAACCUGCAUGCCGCUUCGCUCUGGGACCCCGUGCUCGGCUUCUCCUGUAUCGCGCUGCUACUUGUCAUGAGGAAAAUCGGUAUGAUAAAACUGGGUGCAAAGUCUGAGGAUGGUCCAAGCACGAGACAAAAAGUGAUAACCAAGUGUCUGUGGAUGGUGAGCACGUGCCGCAACGCCAUCGUGGUGGUGGCCACCGGCCUGCUCGGCUUCUGGUUCGUGGCCACCUACGGACAGUCUCCCGUGCGACUCAUGGCCGAGAAUAGUCGCAGCGGUGCGAUCCCGUCGGGCGUGCCUCGGCCGCAGUUGCCGCCGUUCAGCUACGUGCGCGCCGACAACUCGACGGCCGACUUCCUGGACAUGGUCUCGGAGAUGGGCUCGGGUCUGCUCGUCAUCCCGCUCAUCGUGUUGCUCGAAGACAUCGCGAUUUGCAAAGCGUUCUCCGACGGCCGCACUAUCGACGCCACACAGGAGAUGAUCGCGCUCGGCGUGGCCAGCAUCGCCAACUCCUUCAUGCAGGCGUACCCGGGCGGUGGGUCCCUAGCGCGCUCCGUGGUUUCCAACGGCUCUGGCGUGAAAACCACCCUCAACGGCCUGUACACCGGCGUGAUGGUCAUUCUGGCGUUGCAAUUCUUCACUCAGUACUUUGAAUACAUCCCGAAGGCGGCAUUGGCGGCCGUCAUCGUAUCUGCCAUACUGUUCAUGGUAGAGUACAACGUGAUCAAGCCAAUGUGGCGAGCCAAGAAGCUAGACCUCAUCCCGGGAGUGGGCACGUUCGUGCUGUGCCUGACACUGCCCAUAGAGCUGGGCAUCCUCACCGGCGUCAUCGUCAACAUCAUCUUCAUCCUGUACCACGCCGCGCGGCCCAAGUUGUCCGUGGAGAUGCUGAAGACGGAGCACGGCGUGGAGUACCUGAUGAUCACGCCGGACCGCUGCCUCAUGUUCCCGUCCGUGGACUACGUGCGGCGCCUGGUGACCAAGCACGCGGCGUCCAGCUCGGUGCCCGUGGUCAUCGAGUGCACGCACAUCUACAGCGCCGACUACACGGCCGCCAAGAGCAUCGAGCAGCUGACGGGCGACUUCCACGCGCGCCGCCAGCCGCUGUACUUCUACAACGUGAAGCCGUCCGUGUGCUCCAUCUUCGAGGCCGUGGCCAAGCCCGAGCACUUCGUGGUCUUCUACGAGGACGACGAGCUGGACCGGCUUCUGGCCGCGGACGAGCGCCUCGAGCCUGCCAAGCUGGCGCCCGCGCUGGCGCCCGCCUAG